CUCGUCGAUCUUCCUUCGGGCACAUCAUUGUUUCUCCUGUGUAUCGGGCCCAGUCACCGAUCUUCGACCGUCACCAAUUGGGCAGGACCCAAUCCUACUAUUAUAAGUAGCAGUCGUUGGUCGAAUCUCUACCGGCCUACAACACCUCCGUUCGAGAAGUAUAUUCGUGUUAAGGUUCUACGGCGUGCACGCUCGACCUGCGUUUUGUCUCAAACCCUUUGGCUGCUGUGCGGGUCGCGUCUUACUAGUAUCGACCGGACAUGUCCUUAACGUUCUUACCUUUUAUAAAAGUCUCCAAUCCUUCUCACACCACGUGUUGCAGCUAACACGGCUCGACAAAGCAAUUGUUCCCCUCAAGAGUCAACCACAAUUCAAUGACAGUGUGAACAAAGGAUUCGCUAGUUACCGCCAGUAUGAUGCUCCUCGAAGGGCGAAGCAAGGAGAUUUUGAUCGUCUCCGUCGUGUGCAUGGCGAUCUCCUUCAUUACAGUGUGCCUGCGCUGCUAUGUCCGACUGCGAUUGAUCAAGGCAUUCGGGUGGGACGAUGGAUUGAUGGUCGUCGCCACGAUCCUCAACAUUUUCCUAACUGUCUGCGCCAUCAUCGGCGCUAUGGAAGGCAUCGGUCGCCGGCUAAUCGAUUUCCGAAGUAUGGACGAGCUGCACCGCGCCAUGCUUUGGUGGUGGCUCGGCCAAUGCAUCUACAUGUGGGCGUCAGGCGUGGCUAAAGUGUCAAUCGCCCUCGCCCUCCUCCGUCUCACCGUGCGCCGCUCCCACCGCUUCAUCCUCUGGACGGUCAUCUGCGCCUCGGUGAGCGUCGGUCUCACCUUCUGGUUCUUCAUGGUGCUGCAGUGCCACCCGGUCUCGGAGUUCUGGGAGCGCACCGGACGCGGCAAGUGUCUGGACACGUCUGUGCUGUUGAUUGUGGCGUACGUGUACAGCAGUAUCUGCGCGGCGUGUGACUUUGCGUUGGGACUGCUGCCCAUCCUGCUGGUGCGCAAGCUGCAGAUCAACCCGCGGACGAAGAUCGCGCUGGGCGCGACGUUGAGUAUGGGUUGUGUGGCCUGCACGGCACUCAUCAUCCGCAUUCCUUUCCUGCCAAGCUACAAAGACGUGGACUUUCUCUACUCAACCUACCAAAUCGACAUCUGGUCCUUCCUCGAGCUCGGACUAGGCAUCACAGCAGGCAGUCUAGUGACGCUCCGUCCACUCCUCCGCAAGUUCCUCGACCACAACUCCCCCCCGCCCUCUGACGGAACCCCCUACACCUACACCUACUCACGCAGCGGCGGCACCACCAAGAAACCGCGCUCGCGUUCCCGCGGCAGCAUCCCGCUCUCGAGUCUCUCGCGCUCUCGCCCUGAGAAGGACAAGGACCUCGAGCUCGCGCUCGUCGACGCGGCGUGGCGGCCUGAUAUGCAGGGGAUUGCGCGGUCGGCGACGACGACGGUUGUUGCUGGGAGUCAUGGGCAUGGGCAUGCGCAUUCCAGGGCCAUGAGCGAUAGUCAGGAAAACUUGACGGGGACCGGGGGUGGAAUGGGUGGUGGCGAGUGGGGGCAUGAUGUCGUCGGGAGUGAGCGGAUGGUCCGGGUGCAGAAGUCGUUCUAUGUCACCCAGACGGAGGGAGGGAUGAUUUGAUUUCGGUUUAUAUUUCCGGGAGGGCGUUGUUUGUGUAUGGUUGUUAUGGGUAGAUUCUAAUUGAGUAAUGGGUU